CAUGAUAACAAUGAUUAAUCAAAGGGCUAAUUCUGAUUGCUUAAUAAAAGAAACUGAACCAGUGACUAUCAUAAGGAGGAGACGUCAUACAGUAGUUGGUGCUCUUAGAGUAGUACCUAAAACUCUUCACGAUAGAAAAAGCGUAUCUAGAGUUGACACAAUUCAAAUCGACUCGAAAGAUGUCGGUAAGAUUGAACAUCCUGCAGAUGCGAGCGUUUUUCCUCGGCAAUUCUCUCCAAGUUUUGAUGAUGAUUUUGGAAAGAAUAGCGUUGUCUCAACUAAGUCAUUGGCGAGCCCCGAAUCAGCUUGUUCAAGUGGUCGGACGACUCCGACGCAAGUAACACAGAGUCAGCAAUCUAAAUCAAUUGGCUCGCUAACCGAAAGGGACUCAAUUGGUUCUUUCGAAGAUGAAUUCGAUAGGAAUCAAGGUCUCGAAUUGAAAAAAGUUUUCGACGACAUCGAUCGAAUGAUGUUCGAACGCGAAACGCCCAGAGUUGAAUCCGUACAAAGGAAUAAAACGCUACAUAUUGAAUGUAAUCACUGGCUUGAAGCUUUUACACACUUGAGAAUAAAUGGAACGUCAGUGGUCUCAGGAGAUUCCCGAUUCAUUGAUUCAGGUUUCACGUAUAUUGAAACAACACCCAAAGUUCCCAGCAAUGUACUAGUAGACAUCAGUGAUAACGACUUAUCAUUAAGUCAAACCGAUGAAUUGAAAAUUGUUGGCACCGAAGUUCAAGUAAACACAGUUCCAAAGGAAAAACUAAGAAUAAAUGAUAAAGAUCCUCCAGGAGAAUAUAGUAUGUUCGAAGAAGAGAUUAUUGUAGAAGAUGGGCAUAUUGAAGAAGUUUUCGCCUACGAUAAUUCACCAGAUUCGGAAGAAGUUGGCCUCCGUACACGAAGGAAAAGUACAUGGCCCAAAGCCACUAGGGGUUUCCAAUAUCCUCCAAUAACACCUCAAGAAUGUUUAAAGGAUAAUGUAAUACAAAAUAUAUUUUACAUUUUAUGGAAACAGUGCUCCGUACAAGUCGAACCUCUUUUAAAAUUGUAUUUAGACUCAAUAAAUUCAACUCAAACUGUCCAAGGGAAAGAAAAAGAAACAAUCAAUAUUCUCCCCUCUCCCUCGUUUACUCUACAAGAGUCGAGGGAGACAUCAAAUAUAUUUAAUACGAAACUAUCUUUGGCUUUACCGGAAAAGCGGUUGUACACUGCAAAUACAUGCUCCGUAGAUGAUCUAAAAGAUUUGACUCCAAGAUCAUAUUUGGGGAUUAAUAAUAAUCCAACAAACAAGUCAGGGGAAUUAAUUAUUGGAAAAGCUAUGCUCAUAAGUAAAAUGUCUCUACAGAGAAGGGAAAAAUCUAUACAUAAUGAAACUUUGGAGCCACAUAGCUCGUUUGGUCAAAGUCGACCACAGAGUAUGACUAAACGUGGGGAACGUAUGGGAACUAGUAUAAAGAGAUCUAGGGGAACAUUGCCCCCUGUUGAAAGAAAUAAAACCCCUCAGGUUGAUGAUCUUAUAAGUCCACCGAUGCAAAAUGAAGUAAUUAAAGGAAAGGCUCUGAGUCAAAAACAGUUACCACCGAUUGGUGUAACAGAACAAAUUUGGGACACAAAAUAUACAUCAACUGCCCGAGCAGCAAGUGCUCAUCAUAAAGAUAAAUCCAACUUUACGUUAGACGGCAGACCAUCAACUACUCACUCAAAUUAUGCAAAUGUUCAUAAACGCUUCGAGAUAGGAACCCCUCAGGGUAGGAACGUAACAAACACUCAGGGAUUGAACGUUCAGGGUAGCAAUUUUGGCGGAUAUCAUCAAGACGAUACUUCCGAAUGGGGUAGAUUUGUUUGA